GCAAUCAAAUGGCCCAACUAUGAGUGACACAGGGGAUGAUGUCAUCGAGGUAAAUGGGGACUUACGCGCUUAUGCUCCCUUUGUCAGUACCUUGUUGACGAACCCUAACCAUACGAUGAGUGAAGAGGAGAGGAAAAAACUGAACAAGCUCAUCGAACUCUUGGAGAGCCUAAACAUGUCGUCGGCGAAUUGUGCGCGCUGUGAGGAGUCGGUAAGCCUGCUGACAAAUAUUCAGACGAGGAUUAACAAAGCCAUAUCCAAAUAUGAACCUUUAUUGCAUCCCAAGAGCUCCCAAAAAUUCAAGACAUCACAGCAGAAGCCUGCCGGACCAUGCAUACCUGGCCCGCAGAAGAACCCUACGCCGUCAUUGGAGCCGAUUUCGUCGGCCCACUUCCUAGUUCCAAGCAAGAACAUGGAACCGAUCGAUCUCACCCUUUCUUCUCCGCCACGCGACUGCGCUGGCAAUGCACUCCGGAUGACUCCCGAUCGUACGGAGCCGCACUAUUCCCCGUGGCCCGAGGAUGCACUCCGGAUGACGCCUGAUCGUGCGGAGCCGCACUACUGCCCGCGGCCCGAAGAUGAACCCCUGUACCAGGCUAGUCUACGAGCUAUGUACAACCCCGCCAGCGAGGGGGAAUCGGAGGAGGAAGGGCCCUACGAGGAGGACGAUGCAUCCGAACAGAAGGAGAGCAGCGAGGCGGCUCCCACCAGGCGCUUGGUCACCCAGGCCCGGACAACGCCGCGACCCGCGACUAGGGCGUGGGGUGUAUGGUCGACCCCCGUCGCCGACCGAGACGGAGGCGCAACGCUACCAGCCCCCUCCCACUGA